GUCUGACAUUAGCCAUCUUACAGUUAACAUGCAUUUGUUAAAGCUCGUGUUUUUUUAUGCAGUUCUUUACAUUGAAUUCAACAUUGUGAUUGCUAAUCCGUUUUUAAACCCUUUAAACACUGCGAUUAAGAUCAACUCUACUUCAGAUGGCGGACAAAGAAUUUCAUUUGUGUACCCAAAACAAUCUUACGAAAUUUCGCUUAAUCUGAAAUCGGAAGAAAUUAACAAAAACGAAUUUAAUAUCGCUGGAAUUAUUUCAUCAAUAUUUGGGUCUAUUUUCAAAAAGUUUACGUCACUUUCUGGAGGAUUUUCAGGCUCAAGCAAUCCUUUGAGUGCACUUGGUUCAUUACCUUUCGGACUUUCAUCAUCAACAACAACCGAAUUCCCAAGUUUUGAUGACUUUGAUAAUAAUGAAGACGGUUCAGAUACUUGGAGUGCAUCAGAUGAUAACAAAGAAAAUAAUGGAGAUUCAGACAGCUCGUCAUUUUCAGAUUCAAAUACUUUUGAUUCAUCUGGAACUUCCAAUGACGAUUCAUCAUUUAAAUUCAAUCAAGAUUUGUCUAGUGCUUCAAUUUCAGAACCUUCAAAAACUUCAUCAUUUCCCUUUUCGAGUGUUGCAAAAGGUUUCAGUUUAUCUAAUGGUUCCAAUGGAAACAAAUAUACCACUAUAAAUGCAGGGUAUGCUUACACAACAAAAAGUGCAUCCAACAGCAAAUAUCUUCCGGCAAAGACACCUUCAUCACGAAGAUCAGUUACGGAAAAAUAUUCACCUUUAAAACUGAAACCUGAAAAUAUCGUAUUAUUAUCAUCAAACUAACGGUCGCUGCUCUCAUCUCACCUUGACAUUAUUUAAGUGUGUUGCAUAAAAAAUAUUUUGGCAAUAAAAUAUUUUCUCAUUUUCAUUUUGAAGAUGUGUUAAUUAAAAAAAACUUU